CUAUCGUGAGUCAUACUCUGUUUUAAUUAUUUAUAUCGCUUUUAUUCAAGCAUUAACAUCGGAGUUGAGAUUAGGUUUGGACGUGUGAAGUGCAUUUAUUAAAAAUCUCGGAUAACCCGUCUGUUCAAUUCACGAUGCACCUGUUACAAUAUUACUGGUUGGCGACAUCGUUAUUGACAGUUUUCGCUGCUAUCGAUGUGGAAAAAACAGUAAAACAAGUUCAAAACAUACUGCAAGCUAAUGCUCAGCUACCGCGUUUAUCCAGAGAAGAAAUAAUUGAAUUAUUAAAUAACAUUAGAGAUGAAGAUGCAAAAAGCAUAUCUUCAACAGAACGAUCACAAGAAAUUAAAACGUCCCAUAGCUUUGAAGAAAAUGUAACAAAUAUAUCAACCCAAAUACCAAAUAUAAAUGAUAAUGUCAUUAAUAACGAGAACGAGUUUGACAUCUCAUCACCUUCCAUCCUUACAACUGUUGCACCUACUACAUCUUCUGAAGUAAUUACUACGGCUAUUGAAAGUACGACGAAAAAAGGUGAACCAACAGUAAUGGUAGUUUUACCAUAUACACCUCGCGAUGGAUCAUCUUUGCAAGAGUUGUACACCCGCCCACCAAGAGUAGAAGUGGUACCAGUGUCAAAAGUUACAUCAAAUCCUAAUAAAUCAUCAAGUUUAAUUAAAAAAUUACGAGAUAAUAAUAAAACUUCUCAGGAUUAUAAAGAGAAAAAACGAGAUUUUCCGGCUGAGUUACAAGCGUUCCUUGACGAACAUGGUUUAAAAGGUACUCCGGGAAAUGAUCAUUUCCUGUUACCUUUAGAAGGGUUCAAGCCUCUACCUCCAGCUAAAGUUGUAGAUGGCUCAGUUCAGUUACCUGAAAAUAUUUUGCUGACUUAUGAUUUGAUUUCUUCAAACUCCGAUCAAAUACCUGUCAUUAAAAACUAUGACGAAUAUCCAUUGACACCAAAUUAUUUGAAAGAACCAUUUUACUCUGGCAUACCAUUUGAAUUGCAAACAUCGUCAUCAGAAAAUGAGAAAACUGUAUUACCGUUAGAUUUGCCAAAAAAUCGGAAAACAAAGUCAACAGACAAUAAACCAAAUUAUGACCCAAUAUCAUAUGACUCAGUCAAAGUUAUACCUUUACAACAAGGUAUUAAUCCAUUAGAUAGUGUAAUCGAUAAACUGAAUGCUGACAGUGAACCUAAUAAGAGACAAAUAAAUGCAAGUAUUGAAAUUUCUAAUAACGAAACUACCAAACCUAUUGAUGCGAGUGAUAAAGAUAUUGCGGUCACUACUGAUGCUGCCCAGUCCAUGGAUUCAGAAGCAGCUGAUACAGGGGCAUCUAUUACAGAUUUAGAAGACUCUUUUGGUGGUGCAGCACCAGAAAAACCGGGUGACUCAGAGUUACCUCCUCCAAAGAAAAAUGGAUUUUAUUGGAUGCUAGACUGGAAUAGUUUCCUAGAAGUAGGCGAUGGUGACACAAAAGUAAACAUUCGCUUUGAACCAAAAUUGGGUGAUCCACAAAUGUUUAUACCUGUAAAUGUUCCUUGAAAAACAAGCGUUGGAACAUUUAAGCAAUAUUGAUUCUAGUCUUACGGCUAAAAAUUAAAAUUUUACUGUACGUUAGACUUAUAGUGUUCAUUCCAUGUCUGGAAAGGUACUUGAUUUAUAUUUUUUUAUAUUAAUAAAAUUAAUAGGGUGUCACUAUAUUACACUUCGGAGUGUGUGACUGUAGUGGGAAUUAAUGUAAUUUAUUUUCUACGAAUUUUUAGUGAGAUUUUGUAAAUUAAGGUUGUAUUUACAAUAGUAAAAACUUUUUUAUACUCGUCAUAUAUUUCAAUACAAUGUUUGGGUUGGACGUAUCUAUACGCGAAAAAACCAUUCUGUGGUAUUCGGAUAAAGAAUAAAAUAUAUAUUUUUACGUUUACCUAUCAAUAGUAAUAAUAAUUCUGAGAAUUCUCUAAUGCCUUCUGGAAUAGGGAUACGAUUUGUAAAGGUCGCCUAUAUUCGUAUACGACUCAAUAGUUCAAUUACUGUCAUUUAUACUAUCGGAUCGUAUUCACUCGAUAGAAAUCUAACGUCUGUUGCCAGCCUUAGUAUUGUAUGUAACACGAUGUAUAAAUUAGUGUAAUAGAUUACACGGUGAAAUGAACCAUUGGAAUGUGAAAUAGGUCGAAGUUACCAGACCAAAACGAACAGAUUGAAAGUGAAUAUCAUAAUGUAAUUUAUAGUGAAAUACACAGUAUUUUUUGGUAAAUAUGAAUUUGAAUUGACUGUUUUGCAGACAAAUUAUUUAUCAAAUUUAUAUAUUCAGUACUAGUAUGAGUCUUUAUACACCAUUUAGUCCCCUUGUUCAUGGGAUAUGCUGAUUCCGGAUAACAAGAAGUUUUUGCUUUUCCUUAUUACAAAUAUUAUGUAUAUAUUAAAUUUCAUAAUAAUUGUGAGCCUCUAAGUUGGUAUAAGGCAACAAAUAAUUUAAGAAACUCACUUUCUCUAUAUAUAUUAGUAAUAAUUUAAUUUUUAAAAUUACUAAAAGUAAAUAUUAUAGAAAUAACCACAAGAGUUUAUAAAAAGAGUAAAAUAUAAGAUGGUAUGGCAGGUAGCUUUAAAUAUUGAUCCUGAAUUGAAAUAAGAGUAGUAUGUAACGUAAAAUUUAUAUAGUUAACCUGUAAAUCUAGUGAUUACGGACAAAAUCCUAAAAUUAAUCCAGCUUUAUAACUCAAGCUCACCAGAACCAAAUUAUUUCGUUAGUUAAAAUAAUACAAUAAAGUUACGUUAAUCCCUGAUACUCAGAGGAUACUCAAAGGAAGUUUAUCGAUUGUUGUUUGUUUGUAUAAGCUUUAUUGUACUCGUAUUCAUAGUUGAAAAAAUGGUUAUAAAGAGAAAAAAAGGUAAAACACACAGGUGGAGUCAUUUCUCGAAAGAAUUUGUAUCAACCACAUUGUUUCAGGGCACUAACAAAUAAUAUAUUGCUUUUAUAGAAAUAGUUGCACCCUUUUAUAAUAACAAAUAAAAUAUUGCAUUCCUACAAAAGCAAUAUGUUAUUUGUUAUUAUCAAAUGUAACAAAUAUAAGUGGAUUUAGAUCCGUAAUUAAACGGCUUUGCAAUCAUGAAGAAUUUCAUAUUUAUUAGUAAAAUCGCUAAACUGAUUUUAAAAAGAAUUAAUUGAAUGAAUGUGCGAUGUGACAUUUCAUAGACACAUUUGAACAAAUAGAUGUUUGCUAUACAUAUAUAGCUGACACGUGAUGAAAGAAAGUUAGAUUAGAGACAAGAACAGCACCGUGACACCACGGAGUAUAUGGUACUGCCCAUGUAUAUAGGGGACGGUUACCACUUUCCAUCAGGUGGGCCGUCAGCUUGUUUGCCAUUCUAAGUUGCGUAAAAUAUACACAUUUUACAAAACAGGCAUGUACCUAAAAUUAGGUUUUGCUUUGCUUGCUACAAUAUUUUGUAUUAUAAAAAAAAAAUGGAGACUUCAGUUGUGACAAUUUUAAUAUAACAGGACGAACACGGGAGCGAUUCAAAAUAAGUUUAGAAUUAGCCAAGAUUGAGAUAGAGAGCCCCUUGCUUUUGCAAUUUACUUAAAAAUAAUUACUUAAAUGGAAUGUUAAUGAGUCUUUGUUUCGAGUUGUAGCAGCAAACGGAUCCAGAACUUGAAGGUUUGUUAACUAGAUGCGGAUUAAUAUGCUAUUUACCUCCGUUCAAACGGAUUAUGUCACCUCUCUAGGAGCACUAUAACUAACACCUCUGCGUAUAUUAUAAGCAGUGUGUUCACAGCUGCUACACAAAAUUAGUCAGUAAUUCACAAACUUUGAAACUGUUGUCAACUAUUAUUAAGGAUUUCUGUAUAACAAACUUUAGAUUGGGAUUUUGAAACAAUGCGAACAGCAAUGUUUACCACUGUCAAUAGAAACAAACAAAGAAUUAUAUUAAAGCAAGUCAUAAUACGGAAUGAAAGUACGAACAGGAGUUGAAAAUAUAUGUUUUUUUUUUGUUUUUAAUUUAUAA